GGUGCCUUUGGGAAGCCAGCACUGGAGGCAGAGGGAUUCCAAGAGGGAAAGCAACGGAGCUCCAGAGAAGCCCCUGAGGCAAAGCGCAGCUGGAGCCCAGGGCACCCAAACCAGGCGCUAACGACGGGGCAGAUUGCUCAGAGAUGAUCAUGUUCCUCUUGGGCUCAGCAAACCCGGGCAGCCGUGUGGGCUGAUGGAAUAGGAACGAGCCCAGACAGCCUUUGGGAUCCAGCGCACGCCAGGCAGGGAAUUUGGCAGGCUGGCAGUUACCUGGCCCGGGGAGGAGGAGGAGGAGGAGGAGGAGGAGGAAGAGGGAAGAGACAAGCAAGCCAGCAAACCAACAUCAUCCUUCACCCACACUAAGGAGAAAGCUUCUGCUGGGCAACUUUUUCUGGCGAGGUGUGGAUGAUUCCAACCCCGGAUGAAUUUGGAGUCCGACCAGGAGCGCCGCAGAAGUUCCUUGAGGAAGCAACAGCGGGCUACUGACGGCUCUGAGCUUCCUGGCGCGAGGAUAUCAGGCAGCACUGUGCACGCUGCGCAAGGCCAGCCAGAUGGGACUCUUACCUGCAACCUCCCACACUCCUUACGGGGCUGAAAACAGAAUCCUGUUAUCUGCCACCUAAUGCUUCUAUGGGCGAGACUUUGGUUCACAAAGAUGGUUUCUGGCUGGGCACCGGGCACAGACUCGUGGUUCUGACCAAGCCCCAAGCAUCCUAGGAGCAGGGCUGUCACCCCCAAAAGCCAGUUCUGGACCGGAGUCUUCCAGCCACCCUGCCUUCGAGGGGCCGUGCUGCCGGCGAGUUACUAUGCAGCUUGGACUGUGCGUGGUGGUGGUUUUUCUAAGCUGGGUGGAUCUCACAGAGAACGGCGGCGGAAGCAGCAUCAGGACCCUUAAGGGCAAAAGGCAAAGACGAAUCAGCGCAGAGAUGAGCCAGGGCUGUGCCAAAGGGUGUGACCUCUGCUCCGAAUUCAACGGGUGCCUCAAGUGCUCCCCCAAACUCUUCAUCCUUCUGGAGAGGAAUGACAUCCGUCAGAUCGGCAUCUGCUUACCCUCUUGUCCGCUGGGCUAUUUUGACGUGCGCAAUCCAGAUAUGAACAAGUGUAUGAAAUGCAAAAUUGACAACUGUGAGGACUGUUUCAGCCGAAACUUUUGCACAAAGUGUAAGGAAGGUUUGUUCUUGCACAAAGGAAGAUGUUACGAAACCUGUCCUGAGGGCUUCUCUGCUGCCAACGGCACGAUGGAAUGCAGCAGUCCGGCCCAAUGUGAAAUGAGCGAGUGGGGGCCGUGGGGCCCUUGCUCCAGAAGGAGAAAGCUGUGCGGCUUCCGGAAGGGCAACAAGGAGCGUUCCCGGUGGAUCCUGCAGGUGAUCUCGGGCGAGGCGUCCGCCUGCCCGCCCACCACAGAGCUCCGAAGGUGCACCGUUCAGGGAAACCAGUGUCCAGAAGUUACAGGACGGAAAAAGAAGAAAGAGGACCAAGGCAAGAGAGAGCCUAUGAAUGAGGAGGAGAGACGCCAGAAAGAGGCCAAAGAAAGCCGCCCCGGGAUCAAGAGAAGGAAAGAGCAGCCCCGGGGGACAGAGCUGCCCGCCACCACGCCUCAGUAGCUGAGCCUCCGCCCCUCUGAGGCGGCAAAUCUCCGUUCCUGCUGUUGUCUACGAAAGCUUUAUGGAACCAGAUCGGCGCUCCCAGUAAGGACGUGGCCAGGCAGACCAAUUCAUUCUCCUGCACACGUGCGCACAAGACAGAGACCUGGGCCUCCCUGUAUUCAGCAGGGGACCAUGGGAAGAUGUAGAAUCCUGGGGAGCGAAAGAGAGGCACCCUCGAGCCAUUCUCCAGGGCUGUAGACAUUAUCCUGGGUAGCCGAGAGGGGAAAAGGCAAGUGGCUCAGCGCCAGUCUCGGCCUGACAUCACGGGUGGACGCACAGCACCACGCAGUGCCUGAUGGAAAGGGUGAGACCGGAAGUAGUUUGCUCAAAAUCUGGAAGUGCACAAAACCCUCUUUGGAAAUUCCUCUCUAUGGUGAUCAAAAGCUGUAUCACUGAGAACAUGUGUUCUGUGUUUGUGAUCAAUGUUCAUGGGCAUUUGCUCUAAAUUGCUUCAAAAUUUCAAAUUAAAAAAAAUAGGAA